AUGGCUCAGCAGGCGGAUAUUCGAUUUGGAACAGACGGUUGGCGGGCAAUAAUUGGUGAAGACUACACCUUCGCAAACGUGGCCCGCUGUGCGCGAGGUCUGUGUGAAUUCAUGAAGCGCAGAGGCACCGCCGACCGAGGUCUGAUUGUAGGCUUCGACACCCGGUUUCUCUCUCCCGAGUUCGCUUCCACCGUCGCAGACGUCUGCGCCAGCCAGGGAAUACGGACACUGCUGGCUGACGUCCCUGCCCCCACACCCGUUCUUAGCUACAGCGUUAUGCACCACCAGGCCGGCGGCGCCGCCAUCAUUACCGCCAGCCACAAUCCCGCCAUCUGGAACGGAUUCAAAUUCAAACCCGAAUACGCCGGCAGCGCCACCCAGGAAAUCACCGACGAAUUGGAGGAGGCGAUUGCCCGGGUCGGCUCAGCGGACCUUGAUGAAAUCGACACAGGACGAAACUCGGGGUUGAUCGAAGACCUAGAGCCUGCAGAGCCGUACUUCGAUCACUUGUCCCGUCUGGUCGAUCUCGAUGCUAUUUCGAUCCGCAGGUUUCCACGUGACAGUCGACGCCAUGUUUGGAGCGGGCGCUAG